AUGGUUCUUGCAUUGUCUGAAGUAGCUAAGCACAAUACCAAACAGGACUGUUGGGUCAUUAUCCACGACAAAGCUUAUGACUUGUCGGAUUUCGUUGAUGAGCAUCCCGGUGGGUCGGCUAUCAUUUUGAAAUACGCAGGCAAGGAUGCAACCAAGGCAUUUGACCCCAUACAUCCGCUGGACACGUUGACAAAGUAUUUGGCACCAAAAUAUCACAAAGGUGAGGUUGAAAAGAGGGUCAACCAACCAGUAAAAAAGGUUGUCAAGAAGAAGAAGGAGAGCUCCGAACCCAAGCCACAGCAAAGCUCUGGCAAGUCCAAUGGCAAUGUUGUUGAUGAGUUUGAUGUUGAAUAUGAUGAACAAGAUGGCAAGGACCCCAUUCCUGCGCCACAAGCAAGCUCGACAUCGGCCAAUGAGGCAGACGAGGAAGAAGAAGUGUUGCUUGAUGAAGAUGGGGAGCCGAUUCCAAAAGAAGAAGUGCAACGUCUCAAGCGAGUUGAAAAUAAACCUGAAUUGGGACAAAUUUACAAUUUGAACGAUUUUGAGUUUGUGGCUAGACACACCAUGGAAAAGAUUGCAUGGGCUUACUAUUCAUCUGGAUGUGAUGAUGAGAUCACCAUGAGAGAAAACCAUUUGAGUUAUCAGCGUAUCUUCUUCAAACCCCGUGUGAUGGUUGACGUUACCAAUAUUGAUUUAUCAACGACAAUGUUGGGUACAAGUACGUCAGCGCCAUUUUACGUCACGGCCACUGCAUUGGGUAGGUUGGGACAUCCCGAUGGAGAAAAAGUCUUGACUCGAGCAUCAGCCAAGCAAGACAUUAUCCAAAUGAUACCGACAUUGGCGUCAUGUUCAUUUGAUGAAAUUGUAGAUCAGGCCACUGAUAAACAAACGCAAUGGUUUCAAUUAUAUGUCAAUUCAGACAGAGAAAUCACCAAGAAGCUAGUCCAACAUGCAGAAAAGAGAGGUAUCAAAGGUUUGUUCAUCACUGUUGAUGCGCCACAGUUGGGUAGACGUGAAAAAGAUAUGAGGUCGAAAGACUUUAGUGACUUGAGUCACGUUCAAGGCGAUGGUGAUAAUGCUGACCGUUCGCAAGGUGCGGCCAGAGCCAUUUCGUCAUUCAUAGACACAGGAUUGAGUUGGAAAGAUGUAAAGUUUUUCAAAUCCAUCACGAAAAUGCCAAUCAUUUUGAAAGGUGUUCAGUGUGUUGAAGAUGCUAUUUUGGCAGCCGAGCAUGGUUGUCAAGGUAUCAUAUUGAGUAACCAUGGUGGUCGUCAGUUGGAGUAUUCUCGUGCUCCCAUUGAAGUUCUUAUCGAAUUGAUGCCAAUCUUGAGAGAGCGUGGAUUGGAUAAGAACUUUGAGGUUUAUGUCGAUGGAGGUGUUAGACGAGCAACAGAUGUGUUGAAAGCAAUCUGCCUAGGAGCAAAGGGAGUAGGUAUUGGACGCCCAUUCCUUUAUGCCAUGUCCACUUAUGGAGAUGAUGGAGUUGUCAAAGCUAUGCAGAUUUUGAAGGAUGAAAUGAUUAUGAAUAUGAGGCUAUUAGGAGUCACUUCAAUUGACCAGUUGAACGAGAAGUAUGUUGAUGUUAGAAAUUUCAGCAAUAGGUUUGUACCAGAGGAUAAGUUGUUCAGAAACGUUUACCAACCAUUGAUCAGUCCUCCUUUCAAAGAGUCCAAGUUUUAA